GGCCUGGCUCCCCGUCUACUGCUUCGGGGCAAUGAGGAGGGCGGGCCGGCCUAGGCGAGGCGGAGGCAAGGAGUCCCCGCCUCUCAAUCCCGCCAGCGGCGGGGGCAACAACCGCGGCAGGCGAGCUCCUCCUUCUCCUCCGCGCCUGCCACCUCAGGAAGAAAAGCAGCAGGGCCGGAGCGGAGACAGGGAGCCUGAGCGCAGCGCCAGCCAAGACGCUGUGAGCGAGCCGUCCGCCGCUGUCUUCUUGCUCCGCGGGCUGCAACAGUCGCUGGGGAGGCAUCUUCCCGGCGGGGCCUCUCCCCACGCAAUGAAGAGGGGAGGACCGGGCAGGAAAGGGGCCAAGGGCGACCAUCAGAAGCAAGAGAAGCAGAACCGCUUGGCCCACGAAUUCGGCGAAUGGCAAGACUGGCUGCGCGAUACUCUGAGAGAAACAGGAGUCUUUAUUACAAGAACAGAUAGCAAAAUAUGGCUUACACUUAUAAUGGCUGCAGUUGCAGGAAUCCUUCACUGGUACCAUAUAACAACUCUCUUUGAAAACGAUCGUCACUUUUCACAUCUUUCAACUCUGGAACGGGAAAUGGCAUUUCGAACUGAAAUGGGUCUCUAUUAUUCCUAUUUCAAGACUAUAGUUGAAGCACCAUCAUUUUACAGUGGAGUUUGGAUGAUUAUGAAUGACAAUCUAACUGAAUACCCUCUUGUAAUAAACACACUGAAAAGAUUUAAUCUGUAUCCAGAAGUUGUGUUAGCCAGCUGGUACCGCAUAUAUACAGGGACAAUGAAUUCUGUUGGCAUUCAGACACAAAAAUGUUGGACUGUGAAUAGGGGGGAAGGUCUGAGUCCUGUUGAAAGCUGUGAAGGAUUAGGAGAUCCAGCUUCUUUUUACGUGGCUAUGAUAUUUCUUCUGAAUGGAUUAAUGGUGUCCGUUUUCUUCUUAUAUGGCACGUAUCUAAGUGGGAACAGAUACGGAGGGUUACUCACGGUGGCAUGCUACUUUUUCAACCAUGGGGAGAGUACUCGUGUGAUGUGGACACCGCCUCUCCGUGAAAGCUUUUCAUAUCCAUUCCUUGUGGUUCAGAUGUUAUUGUUAACCAACAUUCUCAGGACUCAAAAUGUUAACAGAAGAAGCUUGAUUGCACUAUCUGUUUCUAAUGUUUUUUUCAUGCUUCCAUGGCAGUUUGCUCAGUUUGUUCUUCUAACACAGGUGGCAUCUGUUUUUGGUAUAUAUAUAUUAGGAUUCAUUGAUUCAACCAAACUACAGAAGAUACUUUAUGCACAUAUGGUAUCACUUGCUAUAUGUUUUGUCUUUAUGUUUGGAAACUCUAUGUUGAUGACAUCGUAUUAUGCCGCCUUUUUGAUAGUCAGCUGGAGUAUUCUUGAACUGGCCCCUAAGUACCUGAAGGUGUAUACCAGAAAUAUUCCUUUAUGGGCUUUGGAAGGUUUUUGUUGCCUCUUUGGGACAAUUACCUUGAAAUUCUUGAUGUGUCUAAUAUUUGGAAUAUCUGAUGAUGCUCAUAUAAGUAAUCUCUUAAAAACAAAACUUACCAGUUAUAGAGAUUUUGAUACAUCAAUGUACACUUGUGCUGUGGAGUUUGAUUUUAUGGAAGAAGAGACUCCGGUAAGAUAUAUGAAGACCCUCCUGCUUCCGGUAGUUCUUACUGUUCUUUCAGUAAUUGUUGUGAAGGCAUUUCAAUGCGUUAUGCUUAAAAAGAAAUCCUCUGAAAGACAGGAUUGUUUUAAUCAUGGUGAGAUAGUAUACCAUGCAUUGCAGCUAAUUUUUUUUACUAUACUUGCUGUUUUAAUUAUGAGACUAAAGCUGUUUCUUACACCACAUAUGUGCAUUAUGGCAUCCUUGAUAUGCUCAAAACAGCUGUUUGCAUGGGUGUUUUACAAAAUCCAGCCCGGAACACUUGUUAUUGCAAUUUUGGCAAUGAUGUCAAUUGAAGGAAUAGCAAAUCUUCAAAAAGAACGGAGUAUUGUGGGAGAAUUUAGCAAUUUGCCGCAAGAAGAACUGCUGCUAUGGAUAAAAGCAAACACUAAGCCAGAUGCUGUUUUUGCGGGUGCAAUGCCUACAAUGGCAAGUGUAAAAUUAUCUGCACAACGACCUAUUGUGAAUCAUCCUCAUUAUGAAGAUGCAGGUUUACGGGCAAGAACGAAAAUAGUUUAUUCCAUGUAUAGCCGAAAGCCAGCAAAGGAAGUUAAAAGAGAAUUAUUAAAGAUGGGAGUAAAUUACUACAUUUUAGAAGAUUCUUGGUGCCUGAGGCGAACUAAGCCCGGUUGCAGUAUGCCAGAAAUUUGGGACAUAGAAGAUCUCGCCAAUGUUGGGAAAAUUCCCUUAUGCAAUCUCAUAUGCAAAGAUUCCAGGCCAUACUUCAGGACAGUGUUUAACAAUGAUAUAUUCAAAGUAUUGGAAGUUACCAGGGAAUGAUUCUUCAGUACAGUAUAGUUUUCGGCAGUAUAUAUUUUAAACCAGCAACUGUUUUUUAAAAAAAUCUCUUUAAAUUCCAAGUCCAUUAAAAAAUAAUAAUCAUUUUGAUGUUAAUUACAAUGGAUUGCACCAUUAGAUUUGACUUGCAUUCCAGAGAAUUCAGUACUCAUUUUUUUGUCAUUUGGAGCAACUGAAGCAGUGUCCCCAUGACACUGGAUGAGAUCCUUAGAAGAAAAUUCCGACUGUAUUUAUUGAGAAGCAUGUUCAGUUGAAAACAAGAUCAGAAUGAUUUUAGUUUGGAGCUGCUGGUGUUCUAAGAUACUACAUGGAAUACCAGGUUUUAAAAUGUGAACAGUUAAAAUAUGCUUUGGCCCAAAUUUGUCUCUUUCUGGGACAGUUGUUUAAAAUUUGCUGUGCAAAUGUUUAUUGCAUUUAAACACUUCCUAAUAAAUACUGAUCCUAAGAAAGUGAGCAAAAAUACUUGUAGAAAAUAAUGCCCAAAUCAAUGAAAUUGUGAAGGCAAUGAUUCCUGGCAAAGGUAGUGCACUUUUAAACCCUGAACAAGUAAGAGUUGACAUGUUGUAGUGCAAUACUUAACAUUCUCACACAUGUAGUCAUCAUCAUAUUGCUAAUUCCAUUUCCUUUGCAUGCUUCUCCUUUCUGAACAAGCAUAGUUUUGUGAAAAAACUGGAUGGUUUCCAUGACCCUAUGUAAGUGCAAAUUACUGUUUGCUUUAUCAAAACUGAAGAAAGGUCACUGAUCUUUUUCAUCUUUUUACAACUAGUUUAAUUAUUCUACAUUAAAACUCUGAGUACCUUAAAAUGCAUAUUGAGCCAAAUGGUACAUAACAAUAAGAUAGAAUGCUUCUAAAUACUGGCUUGUCAAGAUUGAGCAAGUAUUCUAGUGUAUGCUGCCCAAUCUUUCCUUUUUCCUUUUUUUGAAAAAUAUUUCAUCCAAACCAGAAUUCCUGGUGGUGGUGUUUUUUUAAGGAGCCAAACUUAGAAUCCAGUAUUUAUUUUUGGCUUGCUUAUUGUCUUGAGACCAAUAAUCCAAGGGAUCCUUGUUUGAACAGAUUUUUUUCAUCAGCAGCAGAAGCAGUUGAGAAGUAAACCACCCCAGUGUAGAUAGAAAAAGAAUACAGUAUAUAUACUUCUUCAGUAGUUCCUAAAAUCGGACUGCUGAAACUCAUGUAAAUUUACCUGAAUUUUUGCUACUGUUGACAUGCUAUGAAAUGCAAAACUAAAAUUAUUGCAUGUGUUAAUCUUUUAAGAACAGAAUUUUUCCAGAAAAAAAUUGUACUAUUUUGCCUUAAUGCAAGAAAGGAACGUCCUUUGUCCUUCUUGUGGAAAGUUUAACAUGAUAAGGAAUAACAUUUAUUCUCUAAGAAAUAAACUGUAACCACUUGGGAGCAACGCAAAGUAAAACAUUUCUGUUUUUGUGUGACUCCAUUAUAUACCUUAGAGUUACUUCGUACCACAGAGAUUCCAACAGUGCAGCAAAUGUUAGGUAAGUUACAACCAUAUUCUCAUGCUCAUUUUUGUAAAACUUUUAAAAAUACUUUAACUCUACAGAUGAUGCACAGCUCCAGAGCUUGGUUGCAGUUUACUUUUUUGUCUGGUACCGCAGACCAUGACUAUAUGCAUUCUGUAUAUGUAAGAACUACUGAAAAAUCUUUCAAGUUAUUUUUUUCACUGAGAACCAACUAGAAAACUGUACAGUUAACGCUUAACUGUAACUUCUGUAUGUAUUGCACUCACAGCUGUAACUGCAACAAUAAAUUCUGAACCAGGAGACAGAAUAAAUGAUCUAUAAGUGUGCUUGUAUUAAGAUAGAAGUAUAAGAAAAUUGAAGAUUAAUUUAGUUUUUUCCCCCAGACUAAGGAAGUACAAAAAGGUAAAUUUAAAAUCUAAGGAAAAUUAUUUCCUAUUGAGGACUGAACAGUAAACUAAGAUCCAUUCAAAAAGCAGGAAAUUGUAGUCUUUAUUUUGUACUUAGACUAUAUAGUAGAACAGAAAAUACUGUAUUUUUAUGGAUUUUAUGCCAAUUGUUGAUGUUCAUGUUUAAAUAAAAGCUUUGUUCA